CGCCUAUUUAACAGAGAGCCGGCGAGAGCUGAGGACAGAGGAACUCGGAGAGUUUUCAGCACCAGCGCCACUGGACAGCGACACAAAGCAAACCAAGCUAACUCACCAGUCAACACUAAAACUAACAAACAAAGAUCAUCAUCAUGGUUCUCAUCUGGACUCAGUUCGGCAUGAAGCACAAAAAUGUCAAGUGCAAAGUGCGAGUGAUGCACAGAGGCGACAGCUCAGGAUCAUCCUCAGCGGAAAGCACCAAGUCUGAGCCGGACACACCGUGUCUGUCCAUCAAACCCACAGGCAAGGACUUCUAUAAAGUGCUGGGUGUCGCCCCCGAAUCCAAUGAAGACGAGAUCAAGAAGGCCUACAGGAAGAUGGCCCUCAAGUUCCACCCGGAUAAGAACAGCGACGCCGACGCAGAGGACAAGUUCAAGGAGAUCGCAGAAGCCUACGAGAUCCUGACUGACCCCAAGAAGAGAAGCAUAUAUGACCAGUUUGGAGAAGAAGGACUCAAGAAUGGAAUGUCACUGGCAGGCCAGGGCAGCGUUUUCCGCAACAGUUUCCACGGCGAUUCCAAUCAAAGCUUCUCCUCCUCCUUCCAUGGAUCGGACCACUUCGACAUCUACUUUGGCAGUGACUUUGACAGCGAAGACGACCUCUUCAACCCUUUCAGACGGUUCACUUACAGCCACGUGGGCGGGUCCGCCGGUUCUGAGGGCGGGCUGCGAAGAGGCGAGCGGCGCCUGCAGGGGGAGGCGGCGGUGCACGACCUGCUGGUGACUCUGGAGGACGUGAUGCACGGCUGCACGAAGCAAGUGAAGAUCGCCCGCAGCCGGCUCACCUCUGACGGCCGCAGCGUGCGAUCUGAAGACAAGGUGCUAAACGUGGUGGUGAAGAAAGGCUGGAAAGCUGGGACCAAGAUCACCUUCCCCAGGGAGGGCGACGAGACACCCAACAGCACACCUGCAGACAUCACCUUCGUCCUCAGGGACGAGAAGCACCCGCAGUACAAGAGGCAGGGCUCCAACAUCGUCUUCACAGCCAAGAUCACCCUCAAAGAGGCUCUCUGCGGCUGCACAGUCAACGUGCCCACGCUCGACAAGCGGAUGAUGCCUCUGCCAUGCAGCGAUGUAAUCAAACCCGGUGCUGUCCGGCGGCUGAGGGGCGAAGGUCUGCCCCUGCCCAAGAGCCCGUCCCAGCGGGGCGACCUGGUAGUGGAGUUCCAGGUGCUCUUCCCAGACAGGAUCCCACCCCAGUCCCGCGAGAUCAUCAAACACAGCCUGGGGCAGUGCUAACCUGGUGUUACUCAAACUACAGGGGUUGAGACACAGCUUCACCAUGAGUGUAUGUUGUUAUCAAUACACAGCCUUGCCUCAAGGUGCUAAUUAUCACAACCAACCACAAACCUCUUAUUGUGUUUGGCGAUGGCAAGCGGCGCUGAAGGGAGCUGUAGUUCAGCCGGGACUUUGUGACUUUCUGCAGGUGUAAGGCAGUGAGUUUGGAGAUGUUCAGUGAUGAAUGGGGUCUUUGGUAUCUGAGGGCGUCCACUGAUUCAACAGCCUUUCGCUUGAAUGAAAAGCUUAUCUGUACUGUAAUACUUGCAAACUCGUGGCAGGCUAUCAGUAUGUUAUUCGAGUCUGUAUAGACUUUAUUAAAAAUGGUAGAAAAAAAUGUGAAGAAGAAAAAAGUAACAUCUUUAUCAUAGUUAUAUGGUGUUCAUAUGACUGCUCUUUUGCAUUGAUUUCUUACAAUAGCGAAAAUGUACUUGUGUGCAAAGAUCUACUUUGUGUACAAAAAUACCAGAAACAUUGUCUCUAAGAGAGAUUCAUCUGUCAAAUGUUCUAUUGACUUAUAUGAAAUGUUUGUAUAUAUACAUAUAUAUAUAUAUUCUGCUGCUGUUAAUGUAUUAAUACCUGAGAGACAUGUUUGAGAGCAUGGGAAAAACUAAUAAAAUCAAGAAUUUUA